AUGACUGAAAGAAAAAGGCCACGAAAAGAACAAGGCGAUGAAAACCAAGCGGAUGAAACAGGCGCUGUCAGUCGUUUCGAGAAUCUCUUGAAGAAGACGGAGAACUUCGCGAAAGCUAUCGAUACCGGUGUUUGUGUUGAGGCAGAUGGAGACAUGGGUAUUUCCCGCAAGCACGAUCGACGUGCAAAAAUGACGGCGGGAACUGUUCGGCGACAUCAGGCAAGCGAGGAAGAUGAGCAGGAGCUCAUGGAUAAACCGACUACCGAUGUGGGACCUAUGCUGUUCGACAAGUCUCCGAGCUAUAUCAAAAACGGGGAAAUGCGGGAUUACCAAAUUCGUGGGCUCAAUUGGAUGAUUCAACUGCAGAACAAUGGAAUUAACGGAAUUCUGGCAGAUGAAAUGGGUCUUGGAAAGACGCUUCAAACGAUUGCUCUUCUUGGCUAUAUGAAACACUGCAAAAAGGACGUCGGUCCUUAUUUGGUGAUCAAUCCAAAAUCGACUUGUCUGAAUUGGAUUAAGGAAAUCGAGAAAUGGUGCCCUACUUUGAAAGCUGUUUCUUUGAUUGGCGAUAAGGAUGAGAGGAAAGCCGUUAUUCAAGAGCAAAUUCUUUCCGGAGAGUUUGAUGUGCUAGUGACUUCUUAUAACAACGUCCUUAGUGAGAAAAGCAUCUUGAAGAAAUUUGCCUGGACGUACAUAGUCAUUGACGAGGCACAGCGUAUCAAAAAUGAAGAUACAAAGCUGGCUGUGAUUGUACGCUCUUUGUCGUCAAGUUAUCGCUUGCUACUCACGGGUACACCUCUUCAAAACAAUUUGCAUGAGUUAUGGGCACUUCUCAACUUUCUCUUACCAGAAAUGUUCUCCAGCUCCGAAGAUUUUGAUGCCUGGUUUGCAGCGAAUUCCAUCAAUGAUCAAAGUGUGGUUUCACGCUUGCAUAAGCUUUUGCAACCGUUUAUGCUUCGUCGCAUUAAAUCGGAUGUGGAAAAAUCGCUUCUACCGAAAAAGGAAAUAAAAGUUUAUGUCGGAAUGUCAAAAUUGCAACUAGAGUGGUAUCAGAAGGUUCUCCUGAAAGAAAUCGACAUUUUGAAUGGAGCGGGAGAACCGGCAAAAUCUCGCUCAGGACCUCCAUAUACGACGGAUCAGCACAUUGUUGAUAACUCUGGAAAAAUGGUUUUGCUCAAUAAGUUGUUGCCAAAAUUGCAAGAACAGGGAUCUCGUGUUCUUCUUUUUUCGCAGUUCAAGAUGAUGUUGGACAUAUUCGAAGAUUAUUGUAUUUGGAAGAACUAUAAAUAUUGCAGAUUGGACGGAGAUACGCAUUUUGAAGACCGCCAACAGGAAAUUGAGGAAUACAAUCGAGAUGGCUCGGAAAAGUUCAUUUUUAUGCUUACGACUCGCGCCGGAGGGCUUGGAAUCAAUUUGGCUACAGCUGAUGUGGUGAUCAUUUACGACUCUGAUUGGAACCCACAAGUUGACUUGCAAGCGAUGGAUCGCUCUCAUCGUAUCGGACAAAAGAAACAAGUUCGGAUUUUUCGAUUUAUUAGUGAGAACACGGUAGAUGAGCGCAUCAUCGAACGUGCUGAAAUGAAGUUACGCCUUGACUCAAUCGUGAUUCAACAGGGCAGAGUUGCUCAAGCAGCAAAAACAUUGGAUAAAGGUGACCUACUUUCAAUGAUUCGUUGCGGCGCCAACAUGGUGUUUGCUUCGAAGGAUUCGACAAUCAGCGAUGAAGACAUUGAUGCUAUUCUUGCUCGAUCCGAAGAUAAAACAAAAGAAUUCAAUGAGAAAAUGCAGAAAUUUGGUGGUGAGUCAUCGCACUCACUUGCAACGGAAUACGAUUCAUCUAAAAUUGACGGCACCGAUAGAUGGACAUGUUAUAAUUGGAACGGCAAAGAUUGGAGGAAAGAGGCUGAUCGAUCGCAAGGCGGCUUGACGGGUUUUUGGAUUAAGCCUUCAAAAAGAGAACGACGUAAAGUGAAUUAUGGGGAAAAUCGAAAACCAGCUCCAGAGUCAAGUGGUUCCGACGUUGAAUUAGUUCACGAAGCAUCAAAUACGCUUCCAAAACGCAGCGUUCCUCCUCCUAAGUUGCCGAACGCUCACGAUUUCCAGCUUUAUCCUCGACGUUUGUUUGAACUACUCGACCAAGAGAUGUAUCAUUAUCGAAAAGUCACUGGAUGGAAGCCUCCCAAGAAAGGUCAUGUGGCUAAUGCUGAAGAAAAACUCUUACUGGAACAAGAAAAAAUUGAUCGAGCUAAACCGCUUACAGAUGACGAAAAGGCUGAACGCGAUGAACUCAUAAAAGAUGGAUUUCCUGACUGGUCACACCAGGAGUUUUCUAUCUUUGUUGCAGCAAACGAGGCGUACGGUCGUGAAAAUAUCGAUGCUAUUUGUGACGAAAUCAAAACCAAAACUCGCGAGCAAGUGGUCGAAUAUGCAAAAGCUUUCUGGGUUCGCUUAUCCAAUCUUGCAAACGGCGAAAAGAUUUUGGCUCGAAUUGAAAAGGGUGAGGGUCGAAUUGAACGCAACAAGAAAAAUCAUCGGGCUUUGGCUGAGAAAAUUGCAAAAUAUUCAGCCCCAUAUCAUCAACUGAAGAUUACAUAUGGCCAUCACCAUAAACAGGCCAGAACCUUUACGGAGAACGAAGACAGAUUCCUGGUUUGUGAGUUGUAUCGUAUCGGCCCUGAGAAGAAAACCGUCUAUAAUGAAUUGAAAGAAAGUAUCCAUAAAACUCCACAGUUUCGCCUCAAUUGGUACCUGAAGAGUCGCACGCCAGCUGAGCUUGAACGCCGAUGCAACACCUUACUUUUGCUGAUCGAGAAGGAAAUGCACGAGCGCGAUUUGAACAAGGAUCAAAAGCACGACGAACCUCCUCAAUCCAAGAAGAGUCGUCUUGAC